UCAACUGAGGAAGUUGGAGAGCUUGUCUCUCGAGUGCUCGAUGGCCGCCAAGAAUGGCGACGAGAAGAGGAUCCGGCGAGACGGCGCCGGCGGCGAUGAGGACGAGGAGGAGGAAGAGGAGAAUGAGGAGGUGAUGAUGGAGGCGUGGGAGAGGGCGUACGCUGAUGAGAGGUCCUGGGAAUCUCUCCAAGAGGAUGAAUCCGGCCUCCUCCGCCCUCUCGACACGGCUUCUAUCCUCCACGCUCACUACCGUCGUCGCCUUCUCCGACGUGCCUCCGCCCCUGCCUCGUCUCGGAUCCAGAAGGGGCUUAUUCGGUAUCUCUAUCUCGUCAUCGAUCUCUCCCGGGCAGCUUCUGAGACAGAUUACCGGCCUAGUCGAAUGGCUGUGGUCUUAAAAGGCGCUGAGACAUUUAUAAGGGAAUUCUUUGAUCAGAACCCAUUGAGCCAUAUUGGUCUAGUGAUCAUUAAAGAUGGUGUUGCUCAGCGCCUAACAGAUCUAGGAGGUACUCCGGAUUCACAGAUAAAGGCUCUGAUGGCUAAGCGGGAAUGCUCAGGGGAUGCUUCCUUGCAGAAUGCUUUGGAGCUUGUUUGUGACUAUCUGGGUCAAGUGCCAUCAUACGGUCACCGUGAGGUCUUAAUCUUGUAUUCUUCUCUCAAUACCUGCGAUCCUAGGGAUAUAAUGGAGACAAUAGAGAAAUGCAAGAAAGACAAAAUAAGGUGUUCCGUAGUUGGCCUCUCAGCUGAAAUUUACAUUUGCAAAUAUAUUUGUGAAGAGACUGGGGGUUCCUAUACAGUUGCACUGGAUGAGUCUCAUUUUAAAGAAUUAUUACUGGAGCAUGCACCGCCUCCAGCUGCAAUCGCAGAAUAUGCUGCUGCAAAUUUAAUCAAGAUGGGUUUCCCACAAAGAGGAGCGGAUGGUGUUAUAGCCAUUUGCUCUUGUCAUAAGGAAGCCAAGGUCGGUGGUGGUUACACCUGCCCAAGAUGUAAAGCGCGUGUCUGCGAGUUACCAACUGAAUGCCGGCUUUGUGGAUUGACUCUUGUGUCUUCUCCCCAUUUAGCUAGGUCUUAUCAUCACCUUUUCCCAGUAACACCAUUUAAUGAGGUUACCUCCAUGCCGUUAAAUAAAACACUUCGGAAGACUCCACAAGCCUGUUUUGGAUGCCAGCAAAGCCUUGGGAACCAGGGAAGCAAUUCCGUUCUUUAUGUUUCGUGUGGGAAAUGCAAUCAACUGUUCUGCCUCGACUGUGACAUUUAUAUUCAUGAAAGCUUGCAUAAUUGCCCGGGCUGUGAAAGCCAGCGUGAAUCAAGAUCAUAUGAUGCCAAAGCAUGACAACAUUUUUUGAAGCACUGAAAUGCUGCAAUUCCACCAAAGACUGUUGAAUAAUUUUUUUUAAGUUUCUUUAUAACACAGUUGCAUGUUGUAUUAAUUACCGGAGGCUGUCAUGACAAUGGCCGUGAGUUCAAAAGCCAAUUCUUUUUUAAAUUAAUCGAAACAGAUGUGUAUUUUUAGUCUGAAGUAGCAACUCACUCGGAAUGGCUAACAUUUUGUACUAGGAUAUUAUUUUCAUAUUUAUUUGACAGGUAUAUGAAAAAUACUACUGUUUUUGCAA